AUGUCAAAUUUGUUCAAUCAACCAUGGACAGUUUCGGAGCAAAUCGUCUUGUUGACCAACAUUAUUCAGAGUACUGGGCAGGAUGUGCCAGCAUUUCUGGUGCGCGCCAUGGACCAUGGCAAUAUACAACCCAGAUGGGACGAAGUCGCACUGCCAGCAGGCCGCACUCCUAGUGCCUGUCGACAAAUGUACAACUUGUUGCGUAGUCAAUCCCGCUUGUUCCCAGGGACGGGGAUCCCAGGCUUCCCUCAGCAACAGCUUGCGCCUUAUCCUGCGGAAGUGAGGGCAUUGUCAGUGUCGGAGUCGGAUAUGCCCCAGCCAACACAACGUCCGAUUCAGCCUCGUCCUCCUCGUUCGACGGACUCGCCCAUUCCUCCGACGACGAACGGGGAGGGUUUCCGGAUCUUGCGCCCUUUCACUCAACCCGACCCGCCAGGAGAAAAACGCAGGAAGCGAGGCCGUCCGACAAAAGAAGAAGCAGAAGAACGCGACCGGAAGCUUGCAGAGGUCGGGCAGACUUAUGAGCCGAAGAGGAGGCCAACGAAGAAAUCGAGACCGUCUGAGACGCCUAGCUCGCUUUCUGAAGCUCUUGCCACAACAUCCCCAAUCAUGCAAACUCCACGCUUGCAGCAGGUUACACCGAAGGAGGAGACGUCCAGCGGGAAGAGACGGACAAGACGCCAGCGCGAGGAGGGAGAAUCAUCUCGCCAGGCUGUUUCCAGGUCUCCUGGAGAUGAAUCGGGUGAUGGACGAAGUACAGACGCUGCCCAGAGUCCUUCCGACCGACUUCUUGCGAGACCAGAACGAGCUCAACCAGCUACAUCCGUUGCUCGAGAUGUACAGCAGAUACCGAGCCCACACCUUGAGCCACAAUCAGGCGCGAAGCAGAGCAAUCCACCGCCAGGUCCUCCAUCCGCCUAA